GCACAGGAACGGGUUUGAUUUAAGGCGCACUAGUCCCGUGACGCUGCCCUCUCCUAUGACCUGAGGAAGAUAGCGAGCCGUGAGGAAUCAAGAACAAGGCGUGAUGGAGAGGAAGGAUGUGAAGACGCACCCCGCUAACAGAUUGUUGAGGGGGUUGACGAUGACAACGGCGUACCCACCGGCUGCUGCGUCGCCGUUCACCAUCUUCUACGCCGGAAAGGUCAGAGUCUACAACGCGAUCCCGCCGGAAAAGCAGGCCCAGGCGAUCAUGCUCAUCGCCGCCGCCGUUGCUGGGGCUACGAAGGUAUCUGGCGACCGGACUCCUGCUGCCGCCGAGAAAGCCCCCGCAAUUGUCGGCCCCAGCGCUGCCGCGGCCGCCGCGGCGCUCGGGCCGGUGCUCACGAGGUCUCUGUCACUGCAAAGCUCCACUGCCGGCGGGCAGCCCCAGCCGCAGCUGAUGCCUACCGCCAGCGACGCUCUGUGCAAGCUGCAAGAUGAACUGCCCAUGGCAAGAAGGCACUCGCUUCAGCGUUUCCUGGAGAAACGCCGGGACAGGCUGGCAAAUAGGGCCCCCUAUGCUGCAGAAAAGUCUUCAGACAUGGAAGUGGCCUCGGAGGAGAGGCCUCAACUCACCUAAUCAGCUUGCAGUUCGUCACUGCCAUAAGAAACUUGAUUAGGAAAAGCUGCUAUGCUGCCACUCGUAGUUGAAUCAUGAACUUUGUGUUAGGUCACCUUUACUGAUGUCUCUCACUGCAUCAUUUUACUGUCCUAUGAUGAACCUCUUGCAUUUAUGAACAUGCAAUUAUUACUAAUGUUAAAAGUGCUGUGUGGCAUGCA